AUGAGUUCGCAAACGGGAAAACCGAUCGAAGUCCCCUCCGACGAUGUGGACGCCAUUCUUAUGGAAGAGAUAUCCCAUGGCCCAAACGAUGACACGAUCAAAGAGAGCCUGGCGGAUAGACUCGCAACGCUCCUCGAACAACACGAGCACGACCAGAACUUCCCCGACAACAUCCUCCAACGAGCGAGAAGCUAUCUCGAAAAUAAAAAUGGCGAGCAACAGGAUGAAGAAGUAGCCCAUGGCAUAUAUGCCGAGUUUCAAGCCCAGAGGGAUCUGAUCAUAAACAAUUCCAUCUACCCGGAAGUUCGAGCCGUCGUCGAGAAUACAGACGAUCGGACGCUGCCUGUGGGAACAUUCAGAGCCUUCUUCUUGGGAACAAUAUUUGUGCUUCUAGGGACAUCGAUUGAACAAUUCUUCUCUCUUCGAAUGCCGGCUAUUAGUCUGUCGACAUACAUGGUACAAUUAUUGUCCAUGCCUUUGGGUAUGCUGUUGGCAAAGAUCCUUCCGACGAAAAAGUUUCGCAUAUUCUCUUGGGAAUUCUCCCUUAACCCGGGACCUUUCAGCCAGAAAGAACAUGUCUUGAUUGCAAUCAUGGCAAACGUGUCUUUUGGCGGUGGUGCAGUUGGCGCAUAUGUUGUUUCCAUCAUCCAAGUAUUUAAGCUCGACACGUUUUACGGUGAAAAGGUUCUAUCAAACAGCAUCCCCUGGCAGGUUAUUACUCUUCUAUCGACACAAUUCCUUGGAUAUGGAUGUGCAGGUCUGGCUCGUCGAUUCCUCGUAUACCCAUCGUCCAUGCUGUGGCCAAGAUCGCUAGCAAACAUUGCACUUACCAAAGCUUUGUACAAAGACAACGGAAACAGAGAAGAAGCAGCAAAUGGAUGGAAGAUGACACGAUACAAGUUCUUCUUGAUCUGCUUUGCCUCCAUGUUUGUAUACUUUUGGAUCCCCAAUUUCCUCUUCAAAGCUUUGGGAUUAUUCAACUGGCCUACAUGGAUAUCACCACGCAACGUCACCCUCGCCCUCAUCGCCGGAUCUACCUGCGGUCUCGGUUUUAACCCCUUACCCACGCUGGAUUGGAACAUUGCGACAUAUCUCGGCGAUCCCAUCGUCACUCCCUUCUUCACACUCAUGAACUACGCAAGCGGUAUGGCCAUCAUCGGCAUCAUAGUUGCGCCGUUGCUCUACUUCAACAACGUGUGGGACGCAGCUUAUUUCCCCAUCAACAGCAACCUUGUUUACGACAACUCGGGCAGUCGAUACAAUGUGUCUCACAUAUUACUGCCCAACUUUACACUCAACGAGACGGCGUACCACCAGUACAGUGUUCCCCUCAUGACGUCUACCCAAGUGACCAAGUAUGCGGCUGCCUUUAUGAUAUAUAUUGCCACGCCUGUGCACAUGUUUCUCUGGCAUGGCAAGGAUAUCAUGAAUGGUAUACGAGCCUCUUGGAAGAGAAAAUCAAGGGAUGACGAGUUUGACGAUGUGCAUAAUCGUCUCAUGGCUGCGUAUCCUGAAUGUCCUCACUGGUGGUACCUUGUCAUCCUGGCUACGUCUUUUACCCUCGCCUGUAUCUCUGUCAGUGUGUGGCCAACCGGUAUGCCAAUAUGGGGGAUCAUUCUAGCUGUACUCUUCACCGUCACGCUGCAAGUUCCUAUUGGAAUGCUUCUUGCUGUUACAAACCUGGAGCUCUCAACAGGUAUUCUUGCCAUGGUAAUUGGGGGCCAUGUAUUAGAAGGACGUCCUAUACCAAACAUGAUCUUCAACAUGUUUAGUUACAUGUCUACGCAUCAGUCGUUGAACUUUUCAUGUGAUCUCAAACUUGCGCACUAUGCCAAGAUUCCUCCCCGAUGGGCGUUUGCUGCACAGGUUUACGCAACCUUUUUAGCUGGGUUCAUCGGAUUAGGUGUUAAUCACUGGCUGCUUCGCAAUGUCGAAGAUGUAUGCCAAUUACAUCAAAAAGACCGCUUUACUUGCCCUCGCACACAUUCCUACUUCAUGUCCUCCGUCGUAUGGGGCGUCGUCGGUCCACGCCGCCUCUUCGGAACCCAAGGCCCAUACCGCGCCCUCACAUACACCAUCCCCAUAGGCAUCACAUUCCCCAUCGCAGCAUACUACAUUGCCAAGCGCUGGCCCAACUCAUUCUGGCGCAACGUCAACGCACCUAUCCUUUUCGCAGGACCGAUGGCCUGGGCGCCUUUCAACUGGAGCUACAUGCAGGGCACAGUAGUCCUAGCAUUCGUAUUCAACUUUUUUAUUAAAAGGCGGUACACGGCGUGGUGGGAAAAGUACGCGUACGUGCUGACGAGUUCGCUCAGCGCGGCUAUUGGUAUCUCAGGGGCCAUCAUGUACUUUGCUGUGCAGCACACGGGUGUUGUGUUGGACUGGUGGGGGAAUAGGAUCCAUGAGCAGGGUGUUGAUAGGCAUGGUUUGGUCGGAGAUGAUGGAAAGAUUGUUAGGUGUUCGAGGUUGCAGGUACCUGAGAAGGGUUACUUUGACAUUGGAUUUGACUGGAGGGUGUAA